AUGGGUUCCAAGGCAAUUCUUUUCCUAUGCCUUUCGGCAGUAGUUCUGAUGGUUAUGUCAGAGGUAACAGCUAGGGACUUGGUUGAAAUUGGUGGUCACGGAAGACGUGGUGGCGGAGGGCAUCAUGGUGGCGGUGGAAACUGUCGCUAUGGUUGCUGUGGCAGCAACUGCAGCAGGUGCUGCUCAUAUGCUGGUGAGGCGGUGCAUGCUGAGCCAGAAACCAAGCCGCAAAACUAA